UUGAAACAAGAAUGGGGAAUCUUUGUGGAACAAUCGCUGCGUUAUUCGUUGAACCAAUUGUUGCACCAAUUGUUGCACCAAUUUCACAGUGGAUAUGUUAUUCAUUUGUAUACGAUAGCAACAUUGAAACUUUGGAGAAUGCGGUAGAGACCUUGAAGAGUCAUAGAGAGAGGGUGCGAAAUUCCGUUGAUUAUGCUAGAAGAACUGGUGAAGAAAUUGUAGCUCAUGAUGAGAAGUGGUUGAAAAAUGUGGAUGAGAUUAUAGCAGAGGCCGAAAAAGCUCUUCAAGAUGAAGACAGAGCACUGACGAGGUGUUUUAAUGGGACAUGCCUGAACUUGUGCCAGCGACAUCAGCUAAGCCGACAAGCAAAGAAGAUAGUGCAAGUUAUUGAUAAACUCCUAGAAGAUGGCAGAUGGGCUUGGAAACAUAAGGAUUAUGUGGACUUUGUGUCAAGAAUGUCAACUACGAAGAAACUUAUGGAGGCAUUGGGAGAUGCUAAUACCAACGUGAUCGGGGUGUGGGGGAUGGCUGGUGUGGGAAAGACUACAUUGGUGACAAAAGUUGCCAAGCAAGCCAAGGAAAAAAAGUUAUUCUAUGAGGUGGCCAUGGCAGAUGUGAAGCAGAGCCCAGACCUUGUACGAAUUCAAGGACAAAUAGCGGACAUGCUAGACCUAAGGCUUGAAGCAGAGACUUUAAGUGGAAGAGCAGAUCGUCUGAUGAAGAGAUUAACAAAACACAAGAAGAUACUUGUAAUCCUAAAUGAUUUAUGGAGCAAAUUGGAUUUGGAGGAAAUAGGAAUUCCUUCUACGGGAUGCAAAGUAGUACUCACAUCCAGAGAUAAAAAUUUAUUAUCUUGUGAAAUGGGCACCCACAAGGAUUUUGAAGUUAAAGUAUUAACCAAAGAAGAAGGAUGGAUUCUUUUUAAGAAGAUGGCUGGUGAUUGUGUUAAACACCCUAAUUUCGAAAGCACCGCAAUUGCCGUAGCUAAAGAGUGUGCAGGCCUACCUUUUGCACUUGUAACAGUUUCUAAAGCAUUAAAAGGUAAGGAUCUACAUGAAUGGAAGGAUGCACUGCGGGAACUAAAAAAUCCCAAUCACGAAGGCCUUCCAGAAAUGCAGCCCAUAUAUUCUUCUAUAGAGCUGAGUUAUAAAUAUCUUGGAAGCAAAGAGGUCCAACACCUUUUUUUGCUUUGUGCUGAAAUGGAUUACACUAUUACCUAUCGGGUCUUGUUGAAAUAUUGCUAUGGUUUGGGUUCAUUUCAAGGCAUUGAUAAUUUAGAACAAGCCAGACACAGAUUAUAUAGCCUAGUUCAUACUCUGAAAGUCAAGAGUCUGUUGCUAGAUUGUCCCUUUGGUUCUGACGACCAUUGCCAUAUGCAUGAUGUUGUUCGUGAUGUUGCAACAAUUAUAGCAUCAAGGGAUCGCAAAAUGUUUGUGGUGAGGGAUAAUAGUGGGCGAAAAAAAUUGCCAGAAGUGCAUUUACUCAAAACAUGCACGGAAUUAUCUAUCCCUGGUGGAGAUAUCAAAAAACUUCCUAAGGAAAUGGAAUGCCCAGAAUUAAAAUUCUUUUAUAUGCAUGGUGGGGAUCGUUCUUUGCAAAUCCCAGAUACUUUCUUUGAAGGAAUGGGAAAUCUGCAAGUUUUGGAUUUGACUAAAAUGAAACUUCCAUCACUUCCUUCAUCACUUGGUCUCCUUACGAACCUGCAAGCAUUGUGCCUGGAUAGAUGUGUGUUGGAAGACAUAACUGUAAGUGGAAAGCUCAAAAAUUUAGUAAUUCUUAGCCUUUUCAAUUCUGACAUGUCACAAUUACCAACAGAAAUAGGGUGGUUGACUUGUUUACGGUUGUUGGAUCUUAGCAAUUGUUCCAAACUUGAAGUGAUUCCACCUAAUCUGCUAUCAAGCUUGGUUGAAUUAGAAGAGUUGUACAUGGGGAACAUUUUUGUUCAAUGGGAGGCUGAAGGAGUACCCGUUAAUGAAAGAAAGAACGCUAGCCUUGCUGAGCUGAAGCAUCUGUUAGAGUUGACCACUUUACAAAUACAUAUUGGAGAUGUCGAAAAUCUGCCUAAAGAUCUUUCGUUUGAAAAUUUAAAAAGAUACGUAAUAUUUGUAGGAGAUCUAGUUUGGGACUCUUCUGAUCAGCGUAAAGAGUUAAGAACACUAAAACUCAAGGGGAAUACGAGCCUUCAAUCAAAGAAUGGGAUUGAAAUGCUACUGAAGGGCACAGAAGAUCUUUAUAUAGACGAGUUAGAGGAUGCUGAGAAUCUUCUAAACGAAUCAGAUAGAGAAGGCUUUCAACGACUGAAGCAUCUCCAUAUCCAAAAUAAUCCUGAGAUUAAAUAUAUCAUUAACUCAAGGAUGUCGAUUGUUGCCUUUCCUGCCUUGCAGACAUUUAUUCUCAAAAAUAUGACCAACUUGGAAGAAAUAUGUCAUGGCCAACUUCCCUCGACAUCCUUCUCUAACUUGAAAAUUUUAAAAGUGGACCAAUGUGAUAAACUAAAAUUUGUCUUCUCAUCAUCCAUGGCUAAGAGCCUUUCACAACUCCAAGAACUGGAGGUAAGAAAAUGCAGCAUCAUGGGCACAAUCGUCAUGAAAGAAGAAGGCGGAAUAGAAGACACAGGUACAAUCUUGUUCCCUAAACUGAUUCGCUUGGCACUAGACAAUCUUCCAAAGCUCAUGAGCUUCUUUAGCACACAAAAUCCAUUCAUAACUAAUGCCGGAGAAAUCAUUUCGGAGGGAAGGCUUGAUUUUCACAUUCCAAUUCUACACGAACAGGUUGUGUUCCCCAUCUUGGAAAGGUUGGAAUUGUCAUCAGUAAACGUGGGAGAGAUAAAGCAUAAACUACAUCGGGCAAGGUCCUCUUGCAAAUUAAUAAACACACAAGCAACAUCAAGAUUUGAAAAUUUGUCAUACUUGCAAGUGCAGGGCUCUGAUAAUAUAAAAUAUCUCCUGACACUUUCUACAGCUAGAUUUAUGGUGCAGCUCAAACAUCUUCACAUAAUAGAAUGCGAGGUUAUGAAAGAGAUACUAGUCACAGAAGAAUCAGUAAUUCCUAUGGUGUUAUUCCCUCAACUAGAAUGCAUAUUUCUAAAAAAACUUCCGUUCCUCAAAAGAUUCUGCAAAGAAAAUAACAUCGAAUUUCCAUCCUUAAAGAAUCUGAGGAUAGAAGAUUGCCCAAAAUUUGAUAGUUCAGGCAUGAAGGUCAGCAAAUUACUCAACGAAAUGAAUGCAGAGGAGAGCCCUUAUACUGUUAGGCAACAUUUCUCCAGUGAAGAGGUAAACCUGUUUAAUUAA